AUGACCUGUAUAAUGUCAGCAAGCAAGCAAAAUAAACGACAGACAAAUUGUACCAACUCAGAGCAGUGCAGGCCGGGGAAGAAAACAAAAUUGGACUCAUCUCAUUGUCUAGUGAGUUUGAAGCCUCAUAUCGGUCUUAAAUGGGACCAAUAUUUGAGGAAAGUUGUGCCAGAGAAGGAACAAGUUGGAAUUUUGUGGUCAGACAUGGCCCCUUUCAUGGAAAGCCAGAAACAUUGCUCAGGCCUUGCUGAUGUUACAUAUGUUCCUCCAGAGACUUUCUCUCUUAAGAGCCUGAGAGGUGUAAUAUCCUAUGAGGUAUGGUCUACAUCUCUUACAGAAGCUGAGAGAAAAUUUCUCAUACAAUUUCUUCCAAGCGAGCCUGAUGCAGAAGAAAAUGUAUAUUCGUUGCUUACAGGAAAAAAUCAUCACUUUGGAAAUCCUUUCCUCAGCUGGUCAUCUUCUCUUUGCUAUGGUGAUAUUCAUCCUGAUGCACUACUUAACAAGGAGAAGCACAUAAAAAAGGAUGAGAAGGCAUAUCAUGUUAACUUGCUUAAUUACCAUUCCAACAUGGUUGAAACCUUGAAGAAUUGGAGGAAGAGAUGGCUAAGUUGUGGUGAAACAGAGAAUUUGUUCGGGGAUAACCCUGGUAAUCAGAUGCAAGGAGUUAUGCAGCUGAAAGCUACUAAGAGUGUAAUGCCCAUGAAGGUUGCACAAAGAAUUGACGUUUCAAAGUUUAUGUCAUACAUCAAGGUUAGUAGAACACAGCUCAACCAUAUAAAGAGACUGAAGCAAUCUGGGGAUGGUAUUCAGACCAAGCAUGUUUCACGUGUAAUUGGUGGCCUUGAUAAAUCCCAUGUAAAACCAUAUGGAGCUUUAUUAGAGGAUGAACAGAGGAGACUGCGUGAGCAUUGGUUGAAAAUGUCUUGCAAUGAUUUACCUGCUUCCUUUGAGGUUCUUAGGGAAAGGAAGGUGCUGAUGGAGAAAUCAAGAAAGUUAUUAGGCCUUGAGCUUGAACAGAAGAAUGUAUCUGUCUUGAGAAAGAAGGCAGACCGGUUAACAGACAAAACGAAAGGGCUAGGACAACCUGGUGCUAGUGAAAAUGAUGGUACCCCAGUUUUUCAAAAUGACCAGGUAGAUUGCUCACCUCAAAGUAUAUUGCAAGGUGGGUAUGAUCAGAGCACUCUUCAAAAUCAGGAUGAUGAGCAGUCUGUUUACCAUAUUCACUGUAUGAAUGUGGAAGAUCAUGAUCUCAUGGUUGUCAGGGGUAUAGACAUAACUAGUCAGAGUGAGCAAAACUCUGAUGUGCCAGAUCAAAAUCAUAAUGGUGUCAGCUGCGUAGAUAAAGGCAUUUACUGCUGUGCCAACAACCCUGAUAAGCAGAGUGAAGUUCUCGUGGACAUCAAAUUGUGUAAAGAUGGACUGGUUGUUGACAAUACUGACUGCAAAAAUAUGCAACUAGAAGAUCUUGAUGGAGUUUCUUACAAAGGUCCAUCAGUUCAUGCUUAUGAGCAAGAUCAGGGCCUGGAAAGCAUCGGCCAUGCUGUUGUGAACCACAAUUGUCACCAUAGUCAAAAUAUUUCUUCAGAAAUGAGUCAUCCAAAGAUGACCACUGUAAUUGACCAAGACGAGACUGAGAACGUUAUGAUACCAUCGCGCAGUUCUUCACAACUACCUAAGUCCUCUGCAGAACAAAUGCAUGUGGAAGACUUUCUGGAUCUAAAUGACCAAGCAGCAAAAGUUGAGAAAGUCAGAUGGCAGUUGGCAGGCCCUCUUCAGCCCCAUUAUCGCCCUCUAGAGAAUAUAACGUGUAAUGGCUCAGGUGACUUGCAGAUUAAACAGCCUUGUCUCUCUUCAGGACAACAUAAUUCUUCAGUUUACUUGAAUAAUGUUAUUUUAAGUCAGCAGCAACCUCAACUUGCCACAUCUGCUUUUCCAGUGGACAAUCCAGCAUCAGUUAUUGAACCUUUCUCAAAUCUGCAGAGCAAUGGUCAGCUCGAGACAGCAAAGGACAUUGGAGCAGUCUCCUAUCCCUUUCGACAUGCAAAUAGCAUGAAACAGUCAACUGGUUUGCAUUGUUUGGUGAAUAAACGUUUGGCUCAAUCUGCUCCAUUUCCCAGGUUGUUGCAGGAGCAGCAUCAGUUAAUCGAUCAGAGUGACAAUGGCCUCUAUGCACAACUUCACGAGGAUUACUACACGGAUGUGAGUUUUCCAACUAAAGUAAACUUUCCAAUCUCUGAACAACAUUCUUAUGCUGCUCUUGAUUCGACGGAUCAUAGGUAUAACUGGUUCCCCCAGGGCAGUCAGUCACAUAAUAAUAAUGAUAAUCUGUUGGGGUUGCAGUCGGGUAACUGCUUACCCCAGGCCUUACCAAGUGGAAGCAGCACCUAUGGAACUCUGUUCAGCGCCAUAUCCCAGUACAAGCAGCCAUCAGUACACAUGGGACAUGGUGAGUCAAGCCGCAGCCAACUCAUUGAGCCAAGGAAUCAAUUUGGUCCACCUCAGAAUUUUCUUUCCAGGAGUCAAGACACAAACCCUACUUUUCCGGAUAUGUAUGGCUUCACCCAGAAUAUGGCCAGUGGCACGAGCAGUCAGGUAGCACCUGUAGGGUCUCUGGAUAGCUCACACUGGACAAACUUCAUACAACAAAAUCCUGGAAUGCAAUCUGACUUUACAAACAGGCCAUUCCGAGGGCCCUGGACCAGAUAA